GGAAACCAACCAGCCGCAUUGUUGUCAUUGAGCUGUGUGAUCGAGUUUUCCGCGAAAAUCCCUAUCAAGAUAUUCAUCAUUUGCAAUAUUAUAGGGCUUUUUUCAAGUGAAGUUCAUCAUUCUGUUAGCCAAUAUCACAGUUCGUCAUUUCCGAGAUGACUUCAGAAUAUGGCAAAGAAAAUUCUUCUCAAGCCCACAUGCCAUCAAAGGCACACAUGACACCCGUUAGUGUACCAAGGGCCAACGCAGGACCAAAGCGGAUCCUCAAGCCAAACGGCUCAAACGUAAGAACCACACCCACUAAGGCCGUUAGGUCAUCGGUCGGUCAUCCGCCGGUCUAUCAGUCCCAGUCCCAGACUGUGACUGUUCAGGCCACAACUGUUAAAAAUUCCUAUGUUGCUUCUCUGAACAGAGGUACAACAGCCCAGGCCAGAACACAGCCUGUCAAACCAGCUGAGAGUGGACAUGGGCAAACCAGAAAACAAGAUGAAAACCCCAAUGAACAGAAGAAAUCGUGGAAGUUGAAAGACUUUGACAUCGGCCGUCCGUUGGGCAAGGGCAAGUUCGGGAGUGUUUACCUGGCACGUGAGAAACAGACCAAAUAUAUCGUGGCCCUCAAGGUGCUCUUUAAGUCUCAGCUUCAGAAGGCUCAAGUAGAACAUCAGUUGAGGAGAGAGAUUGAAAUCCAGUCUCAUCUUAGGCAUCCCAAUAUUCUCAGGCUCUUCGGUUAUUUCUAUGAUGACAGUAGAGUUUACUUAAUUUUGGAAUAUGCUCCUCGUGGAGAACUUUACAAGCAAUUGCAGAAAGUAGGGAGAUUUGAUGAGCAAAGAACAGCAACUUAUAUUCGUGAACUAGCCGAUGCCCUGAAUUACUGUCAUUCCAAGAAAGUCAUCCAUCGUGACAUCAAACCAGAGAAUCUUCUUCUAGGUCUUCUAGGUGAUCUUAAGAUCGCUGACUUUGGUUGGUCUGUUCAUGCUCCUUCAUCAAGGCGAAACACCCUAUGUGGCACAAUGGACUACCUCCCCCCUGAGAUGAUCGAGGGACGCAUGCAUGACGACAAGGUAGACCUGUGGAGUUUAGGUGUACUCUGCUAUGAAUUCUUGGUGGGAAAGCCUCCUUUUGAAGCAGAGGGCGCUAAUGAGACCUACCGUAGAAUCACAAGGGUUCAGUAUCAGUUCCCAAAUUAUGUAACUGCUGGUGCCAGAGAUCUCAUCAAAAAGUUACUCCAACAUAACCCCGCCCACAGACUACCGCUAGAACAGGUACUAACCCACCCCUGGAUUGUAGAGAACUCUAAGAAGAAGCCUUCGGCAUCCUCCUCAGAAUCACAAUCAUGAUAGACUCAUAUUCCUACAGAGAUAUAUAUUCUUUAUACUUUGGUCCAGAUGACCAAUCCAUGCCUUACAGUCAAUCUAGUACUGUACCGUCAAAGCUGGUACUCAUUUAUGUGUUUACUUUCGAGCGGAUGACAGGAUGAGAUGUUUUCCUCCUUCCUGUUACUUAUUGAAAGGAGGAUCUGGGAGCAUCACUUGAAAUAAUACAUGUGGACGUUGGUGAUGAUGAUGAUGAUUAGAAUGUGAGCGAGUUCAAUGAUGUCUAUGGUGUUUGUACAGCGGGGAUGACUGCAAGGUUGAUAACUGUCCCUAUUCUCUUAUUGAUUUUUGUUUUCUAAUUGUGAUGAGUUUAGAUCAUGGUGAUCUUCAACAAUCAGGAUGAUUUAUGUGAUUGUAACAAUAUCUACUGGGGCCCAUCUUACAAAGAGUUGCGAUUGAUCCAAUCAAUCGCAACUACGGAAUGCCAGCAAAGUCAACAUAUAAAAUGCAUGUUUGUUCAAAAAAAUUCUAGAUAUGAAUGUAUAUCCAUAAAUUCAUUGAUUUCUUGACAAUUUGGUGUGUUCUCCUUUGUUUACUAUUGACAUUUAGCAAAUUUCCUGCAGAAAAAUUAUGACAUUGGUGGAUUUCCAUAGAGUUACGCUUGAUUGGAUCACUCGUAACUCUUUGUAAGACGGGGCCCUGAUAAUCAUUCUUUCAAAAUUAAAAUGGCUAUUUAUGUGGUUACAAGAAUCAGAUUUUUUUUUUUCUUUGUCCUGUCCUGUUACUAAUCUUCCUUUACAACAUGUUCAUGUUCGUUUCAAAGAAAUUAACAGGGCUCUUAAUUUUGUUCUUUGGUUGCCAGUCGGGCAACCUAUAGUUUAUUAUGAGUUGCCAGGUUGGCCGCCAAAGAAAAAAGUGAGGGCCCUGUGAUGAAUAACAACCCUAGGGCAUUGUUUUACAAAGAGUGCUCUUAAAUUUCCUCUUGCACUUAUUGCACAAUACAUAACUGCUUUGGUCAGAAAAUAGUCAAAUGACAUGCACUACUUGUCGUCAUCGAUACUUUAGUGUUUAUGAAUAUUUCACACUUUUCACUCUGUGAAACACCCAAGUUUUCCUUGUGUUUCAUUUUUGUUCAAAAUAAGUAGAAUCUUCUGGUACUGCAUUAGGGAUGAGUUUUUAUCAGUUUCAUAAUAGUAUAAUAGUGAGCUUGCUCAUAUAGUGAAUAGAUUUUUUUUAUAAUUUAAUUGAUUGAUUGAUGAAAAUUUGUUGAAUAAUGUUGACUAAUUCACUCCUUGCUCAUGUUUUGGCAUUAAUUUAGACUUAAUUGUAGCAACAGUAUGAUGUAUAGACGUUGUAUUAUCAAUAUCAGAUAUGGAAUGGUAUACCUAUAUCUAAGCAAACCAUGAUAUAGCCAUAAUUUAAUGUUUUUUGGUAUUUGGGGUAUUGUAGGUUGUUUAUUUUUUUACAGAUUGCCAAAAGGCAAACGUUAAGUUUGGAGGGAGCAUUGCUUACUUUGCCAACAAUACUUGCUUCAGUUUGCAAGAUAUGUCCUAUCCCUUCUGUCUAUUUCUUUAUUGAAUAAUUGCACUAUCUAGUAAAUAUGAAAUUGAAAGUCAAAAUCAAAUUCAUUACAAUUAAUAGAAAUACAUAGAUUAGUAACUUUUUUGAUCAUGUUGGUUGUAGUUUAUUUUUGUUAUGGCAAGUAAUUUCAUGUUUUUCUUCUUUUUUUUUCCUGCCAAAGUUAACGGUAUAUUGUAUAUGUAUUUACUAUGCACUAUAUAGACUUAUUUUCUGAUGGAGUAAUGAUUGUCCUUUCCUUAACAAAGUAGUCCUUUUGUUUUAAGUGGUGUCAUUUACAAUUGUGAGAUUUCCAGUAUUUGUGAUUGACAUGUAGCCUUGUGGGUGAUUUUACUUAAUACAACAUUGAAAUGUUUGUAAGUAACUUACGAUUUGUUAGGUUCCAUUAUUUGGCAUGAAACUGAAUUCUUUGGCAGUCGUCUGUCAUGUACUGUACAAUCAACUUGUCGAAAGUUGGAAGUCUUCCAGUUACCCAUUGUGAACUCCAUUUUCCUGACAUGUCAAGUAUUUGGGUUUACUAAAUUUGUUGGGAAAAAAAUGCUGACUCGUACUUUACAUGUCAGUUUAAGGGUGCAUUAUUAUAAUGUAAAUCGUACUUGUGAAUACAGAUGUGGUUCAAAAUGGGAAAAAAUGUGCAGUCACAGGGUUUUUACAGACUUAUGAAGAGUGCAAGAAGGUUUGAGACAAGGUUUGUAGGUUACGAGAGAGCCAAAACAUGUUUGGAAGAAAAAAACACAUAAGUUUAUACGCUCCCCUGUAAAACUGAAGGACUCUAUGCAAAUCGUCGUCUAAAAAUGUAAUUCUCCAGAGAAUGUUGCCCCCAUGACCGGAUGUUGUCAUCUAAUUGAACUUACCCAGACCACAAUCGUGUUAAAUCAACUAUAUUGGAUUUUAUUAUAGCGAACAGACACCCAUCUCGAUCUGCCUUUCUCUUCAUUUUAUUUCAUGAAAGAUACUGAAAUCAGUCAAUUUAUGUUGUCCGUUCCCAGUUUGUGCAUUUCAUAACACAUCUGUAUUAAUUUUACCCCUUCUUGAGUCGCUUCUUAAUGUUAAUCUUUAGAGAUUGGUCGACCACAUCAGUUCAACAUAAUACAUUACAUGUGCUUCUAUUUCAAAGUGAUUACAAACCUCAUUCAAACAGUGCAGUUUUCCUGAAAUCACACUCGUAGGUCUACGGAUCGAUCCUUAUUUUUCCCUAGGCUUGGGAUUCUUCAUUCAGUUCAAAAUUUCUUUAUUUGAAAUUCUCAUUUGCGAUGCAUGCUUUAGGUAAAAGUAAGUUGGUUGAUCCACAAGGCCUCUCAUGAUAAUGAACUGCACAAAUUGAAAAGGAUGAAUGUUUUUACUAUUUAUUAUUUCACAUACUUUUUGUAGCCCUAGUUGAAUAAAAAAAUCACAUUUGUAUUCAUGUUGACAUCUUUGCAUAAGUUUAGUUUUCAGUUGGAAGAAUGACACCAAAUAUAAUGGCAAUGUGUGUCGGCCUGCUUGUUAUAUCCUUUUGUGUAUAGUGGAUGUGUACAUUUGUAAAUAUGUGUCCUUUAUUACAUGUUCAUGGACAUGCAAAUAUGUAAUAUUAAGAGAUGAAAAUAAACGCAGAUAGAGCAUUUUUUUAUACUGCA